AUCCGGCACACUUUACCAGUUACCCCACCAAUUAGUCCAAAAUUAAAUUCUCCCCUUAUUUUCUCAUCACUCAUCAACUAUAACCCCAGGGCAUUUCAGUCAUCCACCACCUUUGCUAAAAAGAAAAAAAAAAUGUUUAUCAAAACAUGUCUCAAACCUUUAAAAGCCUCUAGCUAGCAUCUUCCCACAAAAAUCUCUUAAGAUUCUGACAGCCUAAAAAAGAUCAAACGCGAGAAAAUUAAUUAAUUCAAACCCGAAAAAAAAAAAGUUGGUAUUUUCGUAUGACGACACCUAAACAGGAGCAAGAACUCGAGCCACUAAAGCAAGAUCGGCCUAAAAUAUCUGAGAUGAUAAAUCAAGGCAGUCUCGGGAGCCCUUUGAUGGUCAAUGUGGAGAGAGAUGAGGAGAUGACGAGAUCAGCAUUGGCCGCCUUUCGUGCCAAGGAAGAAGAAAUCGAGAGGAGGAAAGUCGAGGUCAAGGAGAAAGUUCAUGCGCAGUUGGGCCGUGUAGAGGAGGAGACUAAACGCCUUGCCGAAAUUCGCGAAGAGCUUGAGGCUCUGCAUGACCCGAUGAGGAAAGAAGUUGCGAUGAUUCGUAAGAGAGUUGAUUUGAUUAAUCGAGACUUGAAGCUGUUGGGAGUCAAUUGCCAGAAGAAGGAAAAAGAAUAUAGAGAUGCCUUGGAGGCAUUUAAUGAGAAGAACAGAGAAAAGGGCGAGCUAAUUGGCAAACUAGUUCAAUUAGUGACUGAAAGUGAGAAAGUGAGACUGAAGAAACUGGAGGAGCUUAGCAAGAAUAUUGAUUCUCCGGUCUGAUGAAUUUGACUUGUGUUUAUUCGGUUUUCUGAUUUUUAUUUAUUUUUUUUUUUUUUUGUUUUUUCUCAUUUUGGUUUGAGCUGUUGUAUUUGUUGUUGUUUGCUCAUUUCCUCGUCUCAAGAUUGAUGAGACAUAACUUUGAAAAUUUAUGAUGUGUCUGAUCUUGUGUGUGACAUUCUAAGAUCUUUAAGUUUAAUUUGUCUUUCUUUAAUAUUGUCACUGGAAAAAUGACAUGGUUGUGCUAAUAUGCUAAUAUGAUGAAUAUAUGGGUUUUGUGUGAUGCGUUGUGGAUACAUUCGUUGGACAUUUGGAUUUACCAACUCU